CUCCAGGUAUAACUGAAAUUAGAGACGAAAUACGUAAGAACUUUGGGAGAGAGGGUGAAAAGCCCUAGAAUCAUCUUUGUUGGGAUCAGUACUUGUUCAAUACUAAUUGAAGGGAUCGAAUUACCGCUUUUUAUCUUCGAUCCAUUAAUUGCCUCCGAAUCCCCCUUGCUUUUCUUCAGAAUCGCCCUUAAUACUCGUAAUUGACAGGUUAAGGUUUUGAAGUUUCAGAAUACAGAUAUAUCUGAGUGAGAUGCAAGACUCAUCUACCAGGGCAUUUGAAAGCUCUUCUUCUUCCUCUGGGGAUGGGAGCAAUGAUGCUGGUGAUUUUGAAUGCAAUAUCUGUUUUGAAUUGGCGCAAGAUCCCAUUGUGACACUCUGUGGUCACCUCUACUGUUGGCCAUGCCUUUAUAGAUGGCUACGUCUUCACUCACAAUCCCAUGAAUGCCCUGUUUGUAAGGCCCUUAUUCAGGAGGAGAAAUUAGUUCCUCUUUAUGGCAGAGGAAGGACUUCUACUGAUCCCAGAUCGAAACCAAUCUCCGGCCUUGAAAUUCCUAAUAGGCCUGCAGGACAACGACCUGAAACAGCUCCUCAACCUCAAUCAAAUAAUAUUCCUAAUCUUGGAUUUGGUCAUAUGGGAGGAUUUUUUCCAACAGCAACUGCAAGAUUUGGUAACUUUACAAUGUCGGCUGGUUUUGGUGGAUUGUUCCCUUCGUUACUCAGCUUCCAGUUUCAUGGAUUCCCUGGCCCGACAGCGUAUCCUACCACAUCAAAUUACCCAUUUGGAUAUACUCCUGCAUAUCAUGGGCCACAUGUUCGUAACGCUCAAGACACAACCCAAGUACAGGCAGAUAGCAAUAUUAAGUUUAUGUUCUUACUUGUUGGUUUUCUUGUGCUCAUUUAUUUGUUGGGCUAAAGAAUGGACUCAGUCCAUGCCUGAUGCUAACUGUGGCUGUCAGAUUUUGUGCAUGUGGAUAUGUCAAUUUUGCACUCUCUAUGAAGUUUCUACUCAAAUAUUACUUUGGUGAUAUGUAGAUGCUGGGCACUUUGUUAAUUUCAAGUAAACAGUUUAUCUCUGUGUGAAAUGUGUAUAUUUUGAAUUCGCAAGGUGCUUCUAGCAUGUUUUUCCCCUCCCCCUUGUAAGAAUACCAAUGAGACACAUGGUCUUGUUGGCAGUUGAUGAUCUUCA